UCACGCGUCCACCCGAAAAAUGUCUGGACGGUAUUGGAAUUGAUUAAAAACUUUCUGGCAACCUCCGUCUCAAACAUGGCAACACGCUCCAACUUCAAGCGGGCAAUGGCUCCCCCGCAACCCAAUGUCAUUGCCUCGCUACGCAAUGCAUCGAUGCUGGAGGAUUCCAAAGCCGUGCUGCCAGCAGAGCUCAUCAACACCAUCCUCGAUUAUCUGCCCGUCCCCGACAUGUUCAGAUUCGCACGGACCUCGAAACGCAUGCAAGAAAUGGUGUACGAUGACACCCGAUGGAUACAGAGACUCAAAAGUAUGGACUGCUGGAACGAAGCCGAGGCGAGGAAGAGAUUCGAGGAAGCUAUGCGGAGAAAACAAGAGGCACAGCGAGCAGAGGAAGCGCGUAGGGCAGGUGUCGCUCCGCCUGGCGGUGUGAACGGCCUUCAACCACACGAUCCCCAGGGGAGGACGAGUACCACGCUGUUUGAUAUUGGAAUUGAAGAAGAGAAACAGCGGAGGUCUGUGGACGAUAGGUCUAAAGAGGGGACAUUGGGACAGGGACUCAACGACUUGACGCUACAACCAUCGCAUCCAGUGCCCUCUCCGACCGUGCAAGCAUAUACAAUCGAUCCGCAUCUGGCCUUGAAAGUGAUAUCACGGGCCAAGUCUAUUAGAGGAAUGGCACGACAAGAGUAUGGGAAAAUCUACGGAGCUUUGGCGCCCUACUACUUCGACCUCGCCCGGUCACAGAGCCAUACCGAUCCUAUACUAUUCCGGACAUAUCGCGAUCCUGAACAACAAGCUGUCAUGCUGGCCCAGAUGAAGAUUUUUGCAAGGAGCGAUUUCUCUCAAGGCUGGUAUCAGCGUGAGCAAAAGCUGGACACGAUGAUGGGCAUUUUCGAGAAUGCCGCCUUGCGUGAGUUCGAGCAAGGGUACGAUACCAAGGAUUUUGAUGGCAAGAUGAAGAGAUACACCCAGGUCCUCGUCUCUCUGAACGGGGGUGCAGCUGCGAUCGACUCCUUCAUUCAUAACCACCCGUUAAUGCUGGAAAAAGAAAAGCUGGGCAAUCCUGCCGACUGUAUGCGAGUAGCAGGUCAUGGCAGCAUCUCUCUUCAACCUUCGCUUGAUUUCUUCAAGGGACUAGCAGUCACUUUGAGCGAAGAAGCUAGUCUAAUCGACCGUGUGUUCCCUCCGACUGUCGACAUCAUGCUGCCUUUUCUUGAACGUGUCGCAGAAGACGUCAUCUCCGAGUACAUUACACCCCUGUUUGAUGAAGCCCAUGACGCGAGUAUAGAGGUCUAUCUGAAAGCCGUAUCUGGAGUGUUUGACCAGGCGUCCCAGCUUGCCAUAUCCAUACAGCCCACGCGAGCCUCACGCCCGGAUUUCAGGGAAGAAGCGAUGCAAAUCAUCUACCGAUGUUUCGAGCAGCAUGUCGAUCUGUACUUGCAGGAAGAAACAGAGCACUUCAAACGAGGAACCUCUGCCGAGGUAGAAGCAUGGGAGAAGCGUUUGAUUGACGAAGAGCAGAGCGCCGAAUCUUUCUUCAUGUCGAAUGUCAGUCGUCAAGCUGCGAAACGCGACUUCAUGUCUUCAUUCAAGAAGGUGGUGAUGGCGCCUGUAAAUGUGCUUCCCACGUUUGGAACAACCAGCUCCUCGAAACCUGCCUCCACGGGCCCAUCUUUAAAUGGCAGCACUCUGGACCUGCCGUCGCGAUCUACCACUCCCAAUCCAUUGGAACGUUCAGCGUCCCCACAAUCCCUCGAAGCACCCACUUCGGAGCUUGCCGCCAAAGCAGCCAUCAUGAAUUCGCGGCUUGAAGGCAUCCGCAGUUUGUUCAGCAUCGAAGUUGCGUUGAACCUAACCCACACAUGCAAGUCGAGUUUGGAGAGAGCAGCGCGGUUCGUCAGGCUCGGUGGGCAAUCGGGUGAAGAGGCCAAAGAGCAGUGCGAGCAUAUGUUCAUCAGCUUGCUUCAAACGUUGGGCGGUCGGCACAUGAAGCCUGGGUUCGACAAAGCUGUCAACCACAUGGCUGCUUACAAGCCCAGAGAGGUCACUGAUCACAGCAAAGAGGGGGUGGCACCGCUUGUUGCUUUUCUUGAAUUGGUGAACGUUGGAGAUUUGAUCCAACAGAUGGUUGAGGUAUUCUACUUGCAGGAACUGGUGGCAGCCAAGUUGACGGACCAAGACGAUUUCCUGAGUCCAGCUGCCAAGGAAAAGAAGCGCUUCGAGCAGAUGUUGGACGAGCGAGUUGCGGCCGGAUUGAACAAAGGCAUUGACGUGCUCAUGGACGAGGUGGAGUACAUAUGUGGCAGCAUGCAGCUACCCACCGAUUUCAACCCUGCAGCAGGGCCCAACGGCGUGGCGCAGGUCUUUGACAUUGGGCCCAGCCACGCGGCCAGGAGGAUCAUCGACAUGGUGUCGUCCCACACGAGCAUGCUGGUAGGUAGCACGGAGAAGACGGUGCUGGAUGUGUUCAACCAGGAAGUCGGGUUGCGCCUGUUCACGGCGCUAUGCAAGCACCUCAAGCGGCAGAGAAUCAGCGUGGAGGGCGCAAUCAAGUUGAUCAGCGACAUGAAUGCGUACAACAGCUACAUUGUCUCGCUCCGCAACAAAUCUCUGACGCAGUACUUUGCGGCGCUGCGCGAGAUGUCGCAAAUCUACCUCAUCGACCCGAAGAACGCAAAGGAGAUUGCCACCAUCAUCGCCGACUCGGAUCGGUACCACGGCAUCUUCAGAGCGGAGGAGGUGUAUGAGUUCGCGGAGAGGAGGGCUGACUGGUACCAGAUCCGCAGUGCGGUCGAGAAGCAAAUGUACGGGGUUGGAUGCAGCGUUAUGUAA